GAGCGCGAUCUCGUCACUUUCGUUGCGAAUCGUGCACGAGGAACUUCUUCGCUGUCCUACGAAGCGACUGAAUUUGUUUCAAACUAAGCGAACAAAGCUCUCUUUUUCAAAAACCGGAGAAAAAAGAAACAUGGCGAAAGCUCCAGCAGUGGGAAUCGAUCUGGGCACGACCUACUCUUGCGUCGGCGUCUUCCAACACGGCAAAGUCGAGAUCAUCGCAAAUGAUCAGGGUAAUCGCACGACGCCCAGCUACGUGGCCUUCACGGAAACUGAGCGUCUCAUCGGAGAUGCCGCCAAAAACCAGGUCGCCAUGAACCCCAACAACACCAUCUUCGACGCCAAAAGACUCAUUGGUCGUCGUUUUGAGGAUCCCACCAUCCAGGCUGAUAUGAAACAUUGGCCGUUCACCGUGGUAAACGACGGUGGCAAACCUAAAAUUCAAGUUCAGUACAAAGGAGAGAUGAAGACUUUCUUCCCUGAAGAGGUGAGUUCGAUGGUCUUGGUCAAGAUGAAGGAGACCGCGGAAGCAUACCUGGGCAAGUCUGUAAGCAAUGCAGUGAUCACCGUCCCUGCCUACUUCAACGACUCGCAGCGUCAGGCAACGAAGGACGCUGGUACCAUCUCGGGCUUGAAUGUAUUACGUAUCAUUAACGAGCCCACCGCCGCCGCAAUUGCGUACGGCCUUGAUAAAAAGGCCACGGGCGAGCGUAACGUCCUUAUCUUUGAUCUCGGUGGUGGCACUUUUGACGUGUCCAUCCUGACUAUCGAGGAUGGCAUCUUCGAGGUCAAGUCUACAGCUGGUGACACCCACUUGGGUGGCGAGGACUUUGACAACCGUAUGGUCAAUCAUUUCGUACAGGAAUUCAAACGUAAAUAUAAGAAAGAUCUGACCUCGAAUAAGCGUGCUCUCCGUCGUUUGCGUACAGCGUGCGAGCGCGCGAAGCGUACACUGUCGUCGUCUACGCAAGCCAGUAUCGAGAUCGAUUCGCUGUAUGAGGGAAUCGACUUCUAUACAUCCAUUACCCGGGCGCGUUUCGAAGAGCUUUGCGCCGAUCUCUUCCGCGGUACCCUCGAACCCGUUGAGAAAUCGUUGCGCGACGCUAAAAUGGAUAAAGCGCAGAUACAUGACAUCGUCUUGGUCGGCGGUUCAACCCGUAUCCCCAAGAUUCAGAAAUUGCUACAGGACUUUUUCAAUGGUAAAGAAUUGAACAAGUCCAUCAAUCCUGAUGAGGCUGUAGCAUACGGAGCAGCCGUUCAGGCAGCUAUCCUGCACGGAGAUAAAUCUGAGGAAGUGCAGGAUCUGCUCCUGCUCGAUGUUACUCCGCUGUCUCUUGGUAUUGAGACUGCAGGCGGUGUCAUGACUGCGCUUAUCAAAAGGAAUACUACCAUUCCUACGAAACAAACGCAGACCUUUACGACUUACGCCGACAAUCAACCGGGUGUAUUAAUCCAAGUUUACGAAGGUGAACGCGCAAUGACCAAGGACAACAACCUUCUUGGUAAGUUCGAACUCAGCGGCAUUCCACCCGCGCCUCGCGGAGUUCCCCAGAUCGAGGUCACCUUCGAUAUCGAUGCCAACGGUAUUCUCAACGUAUCCGCCGUGGAUAAAUCUACCGGUAAAGAGAAUAAGAUCACCAUCACAAACGACAAAGGUCGUCUCAGCAAGGAGGAUAUCGAGAGAAUGGUAAACGAAGCCGAGAAGUAUCGCAGCGAGGACGAAAAGCAAAAGGAGACGAUCGCGGCCAAGAACGGCCUCGAGUCUUACUGCUUCAACAUGAAGUCCACAGUUGAGGAUGAAAAACUCAAAGACAAGAUCAGCGCAUCGGAUAAGCAGACGAUCCUGGACAAAUGCAAUGAGAUCAUCAAGUGGCUCGAUGCCAAUCAACUGGCCGACAAGGAGGAAUACGAGCACAAGCAGAAAGAGCUGGAGUCGAUUUGCAAUCCCAUUGUUACCAAGCUCUAUCAGGGUGCCGGUGGUAUGCCCGGUGGCAUGCCAGGCGGCUUCCCAGGAGCCGGCGGUGCUGCUCCCGGCGGUGCACCCGGCGGCGGCGGCGCGUCCGGACCAACUAUCGAGGAAGUCGACUAAACAAUUCUCCCGAUUUAAGACUCGCCACUGCCCAGGUCGUCAUAAAAUCCGAGCAAUUGCAUUAUUCUGAUGCAAUUGGUGCAAUUGAUCUACACGCGAGUAAAAAAAAAAAAAUUUAAUUAAAAAUCCAAAAAAAAAAAAAAAAAAAAAAAA